UGGGCGAGUCAGCCUUCCUCACUGCACUUCUGGUCCCUGAGACUCCUGCUUAGGAGGGCUGGAGUCACCCGCGAAGGGGUCCAUCCAUUCCCUACUGGACCCCUGCAGGAAGCUACGUGUGCCCAUCUGGGGCACAGCCCCAGCUAAUGCCCCAGGGGGGCCACCCAUCCUAGGAGAGGACUUGGGCCCUGCCCUCCCUCCCCAUGGCACAUGGGCCAGAACCUGAGGCCGAGGGGCUGCUGGAUCUCAGCUUCCUAACAGAGGAGGAGCAGGAGGCCAUUGCCACUGUCCUCAGACGAGAUGCCCGCCUACGCCAGCUGGAAGAGGGGCGAGUCAGCAAGCUCCGGGCCUCACUAGUAGACCCUGGUCAGCUGAAGAUCCUGACAGGAGACUGGUUCCAAGAAGCACGCUCUCAACGGCACCAUCAUGCCCAUUUUGGCUCUGACCUUGUCCGAGCUUCUAUCCGCAGGAAGAAGAGCUCCAGGGGAGACCAGGCUCUGGGCAGUGAUGGGGAGACUGAGGCUGAGGCUUCUGGGAGAGAGGCUGAAGAGGAGCCAGAACUCAGAUCCCUUCUCUUUCCUCCUAGGAAAGAUGAGGCCCCUGGACAGAGGCGCAGUGAGACCCAGGAACCUGGUUUCCCCUCACCAUAUGCCUCCCCAAAAGCUUCAGGUCAUGAGAAGAAGCCCCAGGACCAAGAAGCCCCCAGCCCCGGGGGCCCGCAGGUGCAAGUCCCGGAGGCGGAUCCGGAGCUGGAGCCCGCGCCCGGGGCGGAGCCGCGGCCCCCGACAGCCCAGACCGAGCAGGCCCCUGAGAUCCUGGAGAACGGGGAGGAGACCCCAGCACUCGAGCCCUCACUCAACCGCAUGCUCAGCAGCAGCUCUUCUGUGUCAAGCCUCAACUCCUCCACGCUGAGCGGCAGCCAGAUGAGCCUGGCGGGGGAGGUGGACGCGGGUGCCGUGCAGGUGCGUGGCUCCGUGCACUUGGCGCUGCACUACGAGCCGGGCGCCGCCGAGCUGCGCGUGCGCGUGAUCCAGUGCCAGGGCCUGGCAGCCGCUCGACGCCGCCGCUCCGAUCCCUACGUCAAAAUCUACCUCCUCCCGGAUAAGCAGAGCAAACGCAAGACGGCAGUGAAGAAACGGAAUCUGAAUCCGGUGUUCAACGAGACUCUGCGGUACUCCGUCCCGCAGGCCGAGCUGGCGGGCCGCGUGCUGAGCCUGUCCGUGUGGCACCGCGAAAGUCUGGGCCGCAACGUCUUUCUGGGCGAGGCCGAAGUGCCCCUGGACACGUGGAACUGGGACUCUGAGGCCACCUGGCUGCCCCUGCAGCCCCGGGUACCCCCUUCCCCCGAUGAGCUUCCUAGCCGCGGGCUGCUCUCCUUGUCCCUUAAGUACGUCCCUGCCGGCUCCGAGGGCGCGGGGCAGCCUGUGAGCGGGGAGCUGCACUUCUGGGUGAAGGAGGCUCAGGACCUCGUACCGCUGCGCUCCGGAUCUCUGGACACAUACAUACAAUGCUCUGUACUGCCUGAUGACAGUCGGGCCAGCCGCCAACGUACAAGGGUGAUUCGACGCAGCCUUAGCCCAGUGUUCAACCACACCAUGGUUUAUGAUGGCUUCGGUCCUGCUGACCUGCGACAGGCCUGUGCUGAGCUCUCCCUCUGGGACCACGGGGCCCUGGCUAGCCGCCAGCUGGGGGGCACACGCCUCAGCCUAGGUACAGGCAGCAGCUACGGGCUGCAAGUGCCCUGGAUGGAUUCCACACCCGAGGAGAAGCAGCUGUGGCAGACACUCCUGGAGAGGCCGUGUGAGUGGGUAGAUGGCCUUCUGCCCCUCAGAACCAAUCUGGUCCCCAGGGCAUAGCUAGCCCUACCGAACGCCUCCCUGGCUCACCAUCUCAGAGCCUGCCCUUGGUUAAA